CAGGUUAGCAGGAGCAUAAUUCUUGAUUCUUAAAAUCAAUGCUUCGGCGGGAUUUACGGCGUCCGCAAACACUUUACGAUCGCCAGCUUUACUUGUGACGCAAAGGCCAAUCGGCGACAUGGUGACGCAACUUCGAACUUUCUACUGUUUAUGGGCGCCGGGCGAGAGUCAGUCCUGUCCCGCACGACUUUCGACUCGCAGAUCCCGCCCUUCGAAGUAUCGGCUCGCUGGUGCCCUGUUAGAGCGCCGGUGCGGUCGUAAAGAGAGAGAGUAAAGUGUUACGCCCCCCACGUCGCCGCCGCCGCCGCCGCCGCCCCACUUUCGCCGUCUGCCCCGCCGAUUCCAUGGUGUAUUGUAGGAUCUCGCGGCGCCACGAGAGAAACGUUCUGUUGCACGCCCACCUGUGUUCCUCGGCGCCCUCGUAUCCCUUGUGAGCAGCCCAGCCGUUGGUAUCGUGCGAGAGGUUUCGAGAAGUCCUGGCGAAAACAGCGGUCCCAUUAGGUGACUGAUCAGCGUAACGGGUGCUCGCAGCGCUUUCACAUAAACAGAAUGGUAAGCUCCAGAAAGGUCCUCCAAACGGCCCUGCUGGUGCUGCGCGUCUUGCUGGUGCUGGUGUCGCUCGGCGUGCCUCCCGCCGCCGACGCCGCCGCCAACAAGGUCACCAUCUGUAUCAAGAACUGUGCCCAGUGCAAGCUGAUGUACCACGACCACUUCAAGGGUGGCCUCUGCGCCGAGUUCUGCCUCCAGGUGGAAGGGCGAUUCAUACCCGACUGCGCGAACCCACAGGACCUCAUUCCGUUCUUCCUGGAGAGAUUAGAGUGAUUGUCAGUGGCCGAGUCGCGCCCCCGCUUCAACCCUCUCUCCCGCCAACACGUCCUCCGCUUUUCCGCUUUUCCGCGGAUAUGGAUCCUGGAUGAUGUUCGCUGAAAUUCGCUGAUUCUCAUCGGCUGAAAAGAUUGGUGCGAGAUCACACUGAGGAGCUUCACACUUCGAUGUUCCCUCAAGAUUCUCGACGCCUAUGGUCUGCCGUGCGUCCAUGCGCCAAGAGAGGGCGCCGGCGUGGAUUCACUCAUCCGUUUUCUGUUGUACAUAUAUUCACAUUCCGUUGACAAUUUACUCUUCUCAUUCCAUUAACGUGUACUACAUUCGUAGGACUCAUGUUCGUGAUAUUCACAAAUCAUUCCAUUGAUUCAACAAAAGAACAAAAAAGUUUAGGUAAUAGACUGAAGAUAAUUGAAAACCCAGAAAAAAUAUAGAUGGUAAUUAUAUUUAAAUAGAUUGUAAAUACCUAUCUAUAAUUAUUAUAUAUUUUGAAUAAAUUCCUGAAAAUA